AUUUAUAUAAACCACACCUUGAUUCCUUUUUAUUUACACUUCAUUUCAAACCAUAUUAAUGUGGAUUUUUGGAAGAAAAGGAGAUUCAGGGUUUUCAGCUUCUUCAACAGCUGAACAAGUAACCGACGGAAUCAAUGGAUCUGCUCUCACAGCCAUUGUUACUGGAGCAACAAGUGGUAUUGGGGCUGAGACAGCACGAGUCCUUGCCUUGCGCGGUGUACAUGUAGUUAUGGCGGUAAGAAACACCAAAAAUGGUAAAAAAGUUAGCGACAAGAUACUUACGGAAACACCUGAUGCGAAAAUCGACAUAAUGGAGUUAGAUUUGAACUCACAAAAGUCUAUAAGGGAUUUUGCAAAAAAAUAUCGUUCUUCGGGUCUUCCCCUACACAUUCUAAUUAACAAUGCAGGGGUUUUGUCUCCACCAUUCACGCUUUCGAAGGAGAAAAUCGAACUACAUUUCGCAACUAAUCAUUUAGGUCAUUUUCUUUUGACGAAUAUGUUGCUAGACACGAUGAAAACUACUUCGUAUGAACAAAAAAGAGAAGGAAGAAUAAUCAAUGUAUCAUCCGUGGGUCAUCGUUUUGCGAACAAAGGAACAUUCUCGGACCAAAUAAACGACGAAUCAAGUUAUAGCCAUGUAUAUGCUUACGGACUAUCGAAACUGGCUAAUAUACUUCAUGCUAACGAGCUAGCAAGGCGUUUGAAGAAGGAAGGGGUCGAUAUCACUGCGAAUUCAUUGCAUCCCGGAUUCAUUGUCACCAACAUUUUCCGCAACUUUAAUAUUUUCACGGUUCUUUGCAACAUGAUUCUGAGGCACUUUGUGAAAGAUAUUUCACAGGGAGCGGCAACAACAUGCUACUUAGCGUUGAAUCCGAAGGUGAACGGUGUUACGGGAAAGUAUUUUUCCGAUAGUAAUUUGACGGAACCAUCGGAGAGAGCUAAAGAUCCGGCGUUGGCCAAGGAUUUGUGGGAUUUUAGUUUGAGAUUGACCAACUCAAAAUGAUUAUGUGUUCCCUUUUUUUUAACAAGCUCAGAAUAAAAAAAACUUUGCAUAAUGGUAUAACUGCUUUAAUUUCCAACAGUUU